UGUCAAAAGGUCACUUCACUCGCACCGUGUUCUGUGGCCAUGGCUGUGCAGCGAGCUGCCGCGCUCCGGUUGCUUCUCGUCGCCAUGGCCGUGGCUGCGGCGAGGGGUGCUGUCGGUGGUGGUGCUCCGGCGAAGGUUCCGGCGAUCUUUGUGUUCGGCGACUCGACGGUCGACGUCGGGAACAACAACUACCUGCCCUGGAGCAGCGCCAGGGCUGACUUCCCCCACAACGGCGUCGACUUCCCCGGCGGCAAGCCGACGGGAAGGUUCAGCAAUGGCCUCAUUGGCGUCGACUUCAUAGCUGCUGCAAUGGGGUUCGGGAGGAGUCCACCACCUUACCUCUCUCUCGUCGCCAUGGCUGCCAACAGCAGCAGCAGCAGCAACAGCAGUGUAGAAGUGAUGAACAAGAACAACAGGACGAUGAUGGCGGCUGCAUCAUCAGGCAUGAAAGGAGCCAACUUUGCUUCAGGAGGCUCUGGUCUUCUUGAUUCCACAGGAACUACAAUCAACAUGACAAAGCAGAUAGAGUAUUUCUCAGACCUCAGAGACCAGAUAUCAACCAUGUUGAGCGCCGACAAAGCGUCAACCUUGCUGUCCAAAUCAAUCUUCCUCAUCAGUGCUGGUGGGAAUGAUGCAUUCGACUUCUUCUCCCAGAACAAAUCACCAGACUCUACAGCAAUUCAGGAAUUCUGUGAAGCCAUGGUCUCUACAUAUGACAGUCAUGUGAAAACAUUGUACAAUUUAGGAGCAAGGAAGUUUGCGGUGAUCAAUGUGCCCUAUCUCGGGUGCUGCCCAUAUUUGAGAAGUCAGAGCCCAACUGGAGAGUGCAUGGAGCCGCUAAAUCAGCUGGCCAAGAGACUGAACAGCGAAAUCCAGGACCUGUUCAGAGACCUCAGCUCUGAAAUGCAGGGAAUGAAGUACUCCAUUGCCAGCUCCUAUGAGGUUAUCUCCAGCCUAAUUAAAAACCCGCAAGCUGCUGGGCUUGUAGAGGUGAAGAGUGCAUGCUGUGGUGGUGGUGGCAGGUUCAAUGCCGACAAAGCGUGUACCCCCAGCUCCAGCUGCUGCACUGACCGCAGCAAAUAUCUCUUCUGGGAUCUCCUGCACCCUACCCAGGCCACCUACAAGAUUGUAGGCCAUGCCUUCUAUGACGGGGCAGCCCGGUUUGUCAGUCCAAUAACCUUCAAGCAGCUCGCUGCGGCAUAGCAUUUCGGCAUGAGAAAGUUGAACUAGGAUUAGACCAAGAUAUCAUAUGCCUGUAUCAAUCUCCAGCAUGAUGCUGAACUAUCCAAAAGACCAAACUACGAAGGACAUGUUGCCAUUUAUCUGAAAACCUACAUAAAGGGAGGUGUGCCACUAUGCUUUUCACCCUUUGAGAAAUGCAGGAAUGGUGACAGAACCUGUCCUAGUUUUCUCACAAGUGUAAGUACAAAUGGCUGCUGUU